AUGCAUCUUUAUGCGCUGAUUUCAGUCAUUUGUUUGGUUCUGACCUUCAGCCAUGUACAUGCGUCGGGCACUUACAUGGAUACAAGGGAAUUGGGCAUUGCUGAUAUCCCCGCAUGCGGACUUCUCUGCAUGAUAUCCACUGUUCCCACAAGUGGCUGUGCCCUAGAUGAUACCGCAUGUAUCUGCAGCAAUACCGAGAUUGCAGCAAAAGUGUCGACAUGUAUGCUUGCGAACUGCACCAUGCAGGACAGUUUGGAGACUGCCAGGGUCCAGGCCGAUCUUUGCAAUCUCUCUAAAGAGUCGCAGCGGCUCGACAUCUUCAUGUGGACUGGCAUCAUUUAUUCCAUAGCCGUCGUCUUUGUAUGCCUUCGAAUCGCAGGAAAGCUGGUAAACAAAAGGCUGGCGUUGGACGACUAUAUUGUUGUCUGUGCCAUCGUAUUUUGCGCACUGCCUGUAGGAUGCGCCCUCGCCAUGACUGAACGAGGCUUUGGUGAGCAUUUGUGGAAUCUCGAAGAUGGAGCGUUGCUACCCAUUCUCCGGUUCUUCUUUAUAUGCUGGUCGACCUAUGUGAUCGUUCUUGGCCUCAUCAAGGUUUCCCUCGUCCUCUUCUACCUCGAAAUCUUCCAUACAACAAGUUUUCGAAUCACCGCUUAUGUUGUUUUGACCGCAAUCAUCAUCAACUCGACUAUAAUCUUUUUCUUGACGGUCUUCAUAUGCGACCCGGUCGAGUCCUUCUGGAAUCGAGAUAUAAAAGGAAAGUGUUUGGACCUCCAGGCCAUCGCAUACGCAAACUCCGCAAGUGCCAUUGCGCAAGACAUUAUUCUACUGGUCCUACCAUUGUUCUUCAUCCGAAAGCUGCAGAUGAAACGUUAUCGCAAGGCUGCGGUAGGCUUCAUGUUUGCCAUCGGCACUUUCGGGUGCGUCGCAACUAUUAUUCGUCUCCACACCUUGACGAAGUUCAAGAUUUCUAUGGAUCCCACUUGGGAUUACGUUCCUGUCACUAUCUGGACGGAGCUCGAGCUUGCGGCAGGCUUCGUUUGCGUAUCGCUACCAUCCAUCCGGGUAUUAGUGGUUAAACUGUUGCCUGAAAGUGUCAAAGAAUUUCUUUCCUAUGUUACCCAUCCUUCGAAGCAAUCGAAGCAGAGUAACUCGGAUCCAAAGCAAGGACUUCCGGUAGCACGACCGUCCCAGAAGGAAUGGCGCAAACCUUCGGGCUGGAGUUGGAUCUCGCUGGGGGCCGACCAGAGUGAGUCUCAGCUCGGGCCCAGGAAGAGUAUCAUGAGCGGUCGCUGGCCUUGGGUUGCAACAUCACCCCUCACUUCACACUUCUCACACGCGCGAACUGGCUCCCGCCGCCUGAAUUCUGCGAUGAGUAAUUACAGUGAUGCGGGUGUUGUACUCUCCCGACCUCCAUAUGGUCAACAAAAGAAUGCCGUAGAACUACGCGAAGUUCCGGACGCUAUGGUCAAGUCUCACGAUAGACAAAGCGUCUUAGGGGAUGAAGUCACAGCAUUACCAACGAUCGGAUGCCUACCCGAGCGAUCAUACUCACACGAGCGCGCGAACAUCUCCAAGGGAAUGGCUAGAAUGUGGAGUCGCGACAACUCUGGAUGA